CUGUCCUCCCUGCCAAUCUUGGGAUUUGAUAUCUGUGAGUUUUGUUCUGGUUGAUAUGGUUGAAAGUUUGCUUCUUCUUGUUUUGGGGAAUUUUGGGUUUGCUGCAAUUUUCCUGAGAUGAGUUCUUUUGAUGUUAUGGGUUUUGAAAUUCAGGUGGGAUUUGAUAGGAAAACUACAACUUGUAGCAGAAGCCAAUAACAGUACAUGUGUAAAUUUUUUUUAUUAGUUUUUAUACAACUCUUUUGAUUAAAUCUGCAAAAGUUUCUGUUUUGUGCAGUAUUACAAAAUUACAUCAUAUAAUAUAUUGGUUCCAAUAUUUGGUUUAUAUUGUUGUAGUUAGAUCUUGAGCAUCAAUAUUCUAGCUUUGUAUUUUAGAUUUUGUUUCUAUUUCCAAUUUGGAAGCUUCAACUUAGCAGUUUUAAUUUGGAAGCUUGAAAUUAGCAGUUUUAAUCCAAUGGUUUUGUGUUUCAAGUCUUUUCAAUGAAACCCACCUUUCAAAAUUGAAGAGCAAAAUCACAGUUUGUGAUAGGUUCCCCUUUUGUUAAAUAGUCUGUUUACCUUGCUUUUCGUUCCUUAAAAGCACUUUUGCUUAUAGGUUUUUACCAAACCAAUCAGAUGGAUCAUAAUAUUUUGAGAGCUAUAGCCUAUAGCUUGUGUUGGAAGAAUUAGACAGCUUUCGGGCUCUUGUUCUUCAAAGGAACUAGUUCUAGAUUUUGCUAUCUUCAAGCAGUAUGUGAUUAGGCUUGACAUCCAUACAUCCUAGGCUCUACAGGUCUAAAGUCGAUUAAUGGCUCAUUCAGCCGAACCAUCAUCCUCUCUGAGCUUUACUUCAUCACCCCAUUUAUCAAAUGGUUCAAUAAGCCACAACUUAUCGUGUUCUGGCUCCGAAUCGGUGCCAAGUCUUGAAGUCAUCAGUUUGUCCAAGCUUAGCUCUAGUUUGGAGCAGUUGUUGAUUGAUCCUGGCUGUGACUAUAGUGAUGCUGAUAUCGUAGUUGAGGGGAUUCCUGUUGGUGUACACCGAUGUAUAUUGGCUUCUAGGAGUGGAUUUUUUCGCGAGCUAUUCAAGCGAGAAAAGGGGUCUUCUGGAAAGGAAGACAGGCCAAAGUACUGUAUGAGUGAUUUUCUGCCUUAUGGCGAUGUUGGAUAUGAAGCCUUCUUGGUUUUCUUAAGCUAUGUGUAUACUGGAAAGCUUAAGCCUUCUCCCGUGGAGGUGUCAACCUGCGUUCACAAUGUAUGUGCCCAUGACGCAUGUAGACCUGCUAUCAAUUUCGUUGUGGAAUUGAUGUACGCCGCUUCCAUUUUCCAAAUGCCCGAUCUGGUUUCGAUAUUCGAGCGGCGCCUUCUUAAUUUUGUUGGGAAAGCUCUGUCAGACAAUGUUGUCCCAAUUCUCUUGGUUGCCUUCCAUUGUCAGUUGAAUCAGCUCAUCGAUCAGUGUGUAGAUAGAGUGGCACGAUCAGAUAUUGAUGACAUCUCUCUUGAGAAGGGACUUCCUGAUGAGGUUGUGAAGAAAAUCAAAAGUCUUCGCCGCAAUUAUCAGCAGGAUUCUGACCCAAACUUGCCACCUGCCGAUCCCUUGCAUGAAAAGAGAAUCCGAAGAAUACAUAAGGCUUUGGACUCGGAUGAUGUCGAGCUUGUGAAACUUCUUUUAACGGAGUCUAAUAUAACCUUAGAUGAAGCAAAUGCUCUCCAUUAUGCUGCAGCUUACUGCGAUCCUAAGGUUGUGACCGAAGUGCUUGCUCUGGGCCUCGCUGAUGUUAACCUCCGGAAUUCUAGGGGUUAUACAGUGCUUCACAUUGCUGUGAUGCGCAAAGAGCCAUCAAUUAUUGUAUUGCUACUGACUAAAGGAGCUCGUGCAUCGGAGCUGACAUCAGAUGGUCAGAGUGCUGUUAGUAUUUGCAGGAGGUUGACGAGACCAAAGGAUUACCAUUCAAAAACAGAGCAGGGGCAAGAAGCAAACAAAGACCGAAUAUGCAUUGAUGUUCUAGAGAGGGAAAUGCGGCGGAAUCCAAUGGCUGGAGAUGCAUCUAUAUCUUCCCAAAUAAUGCCUGAUGAUCUGCACAUGGAGUUGCUGAACCUGGAGAACAGAGUGGCAUUGGCCCGAUUGUUUUUCCCUGCGGAAGCCAAGCUAGCCAUGGUCAUUGCCCAUGCGGAGACAUCUGAGUUUGCUGCGCCAUCAUCAUCGAAAGGAUCAAGUGGGAAUCUGAUGGAGGUAGAUUUAAACGAGACCCCCACCGUGCAGAACAAAAGACUUCAUUCCAGGUUGGAAGCCCUUAUGAAAACAGUCCGUUUGGGUAGAUGCUACUUCCCUCAUUGCUCAGAAGUCCUGGAUAAGUUCAUCGAUGACGACCUCCCUCAUUUGUUUUACCUCGAGCCUGGCUCCUCCGACGAGCAGAAGGUAAAGAGGAGGCGUUUCAUGGAGCUCAAGGAGGAAGUACAAAAAGCAUUUGACAAGGACAAGGCCGAGUGUAACCUCUCCGGAUUGUCUUCAUCGUCCUCCACGACAUCUCCGGAAAAAAUUGGUGCAAAUCAGAAGGUUAGGGAACCGUGAAGGCGUGUAAAUUUGCAUCUAAUAAGCCUUCGGAGGUUUACUGACGAGAGCGUAGGAAGAUGUUGGC